AUGGCAGAAUUUCGAAAAAGGGCUGCACCCCUACUGAAUCAAAACCAGGAUGGAUGGAGAGGAGGACUGAAUGGUAACAAUCAAGAAGUCAAAUUUAGAGAGAACAGGCCGACGUCAUCUAAUGGCACUUUUUGCCCUAAAUGUCACCGUCAUCACCAAGGACAAUGUCGCAUAAAGACCAACAAUUGUUUUCGGUGUGGACAAAGUGGACAUUUUGUACGAAACUGCCCUAAGACAAAGGUGGGAGAUAAACCCCAGCAACAUGGAAAUGGACAGAAGCAGUUUACUCAAGCUAGAGUCUAUGCUCUCAUGCCAGGCGAAGCAGAGAUUGAAAACGAAGUAGUUACAGGUAUUCUACCCCAUUUUUCUGGCAAGGCUAUAGUUUUGUUCGAUUUUGGUGCUACUCAUUCGUUUAUAUCAAGUAUGCUAGGAGAUUUCAUAUUAGCAUAG